CCGCUAUCACUACCUCUCUCUGCUCUCCACUCUUUAUGAUCUCAGUAAAAAAGAAAAAGAAAAAAAUAGCAAAUGAAGCUCAAUUUCAAAAGUCCCUUCCUCUUCCUCCCACUUCUGUUCUCGUUCUCAUUGUCUGAUCUCUCCUCAGAUUUCUACUCCGUUUCUUGUCCAAACGUGGAGCUUCUUGUAAAAGAUACAAUACGCUUCGCCUCUUCGACAGACCCCACCCUCCUUGGAAAGCUUGUUCGAUUGCUCUUUCAUGACUGUAUCGUUGAGGGAUGUGAUGGGUCGGUGUUAGUUCAAGGGAACAGAACGGAGAGAAGCGAUCCGGCCAAUAGAUCGCUCGGGGGCUUUGAGGUUGUCGAAGAGGCGAAGAGGAUGAUCGAAGCGUUGUGUCCACGGACGGUGUCUUGUGCUGAUAUUCUGGUUCUUGCAGCUAGGGAUGCUGUGGAGAUUGCAGGAGGACCAUCAGUUCAAGUUCCACUAGGAAGAAGAGACGGCCUGACGUCAUCGAUAUCCAACGUUAGACCCAACAUGAUCGACACAGGUUUCUCCCUCGACGAAAUGGCUCGUCUCUUCUCCUCUAAAGGCUUAUCCAUCGACGACUUAGUCAUUCUUUCAGGAGCUCACACGAUCGGUUCAGCCCACUGCACUUCAUUCAGCGAGCGAUUCCAACAAGACUCAAAAGGAAAUCUCGUUCCAAUUGAUUCUAGUAUGGAAAAAGAUUUUGCAACAGAGCUCAUAAAGCAAUGCCCUGCCAAUGCAAAUGAUACUGUUACAGUUAGUAACGAUAUGGUGACCGCUUCUUUGUUCGAUAACCAGUAUUAUAGAAAUCUUUUGGAUGGUAGAGGACUUUUUAAGUCGGAUUCUGUUCUUUUUGUUGAUGAGAGAACAAAGGGAAAGGUCGAGAGGUUGGCAGAGGAUGAAGAUGAGUUUUUUGCAAAGUGGCGAGAGUCUUUUGUGAAGCUUGCUGGUGUUGGUGUGAAGACUGGGGAGCGCGGGGAAAUUAGAGUGUCUUGUGUGAAUGUUAACGAGUGAGUUAUUGAUUUGUUUCUUAUUGUAGAUUCGUUCAUGUCACAGGAUUCUGGUUUGGGACUCUUUUAGCUAAAACUGUGCUUCGAAACGUAAAUGAAAUUUCAAAUCCAGAACUCCCAUUUUCUACA